AUGGCUUCCAGGGACUCCACCGCACAGAAACCAGUCCGAGUUAAGGGAAGUACCAAAUGUAUACAACACAACCAAAAAGAUGUCGUUUACUAUUGUGCGACAUGUAGGACUCUAAUUUGUUCAAAAUGUGGUAUUUCUGAGCAAUAUUGCAAACAACACGAUCUGCUGGACAUCUCUGAAGUUGCUAAAGAAAAGAUGAAAGAAAUCAGAACAUUUAUAAACAACGUGGAAAGCGGAGAUUUACGAAAACUGAAACUGAAAAUACAGUCAAUCGAUUUGAAGCUAGAAGAAAACAGCACACUGUUUAAGGAGCUUGGGAAGAAAAUGAAAACACAAGCGAACAAGUGCAAAGAGGAGAUAGACACUUUAACCGGGCAAUUUGUCUCUCUUUGUGACAAAAUGGAAAAUAUGAACGCAAAACUACUUCUUGAGUUCAAGGAUCAACUAAACAACAUGCAUCGCAAUCUUGUAGAUAAGUGUAGUGAGUAUAAACAAACCCUACAAAAUGGGACUGAAGUGGAGAUAUUCGAUGCUUCUGACACGUUACCAGACCUGGGUCAGCAAGUGAUACCUGAACUUCCGGUAAUGGAGAAGGUCGAUGUUUUUCCACUGGAAAAUGUUACUGGGCUGCUACAACAAGCUUUGGGAAUAUGUGAUGCAAUGCACAAACUGAUGAAGAAACCCAAAAUAUUAUCUAGAUUCAGAUAUGAUGAUGAAGUCUUAUCAGUUAACCCAACAUUGGAGGAACAUGCGUGGGUCCCCAGCAAGAACAGUGUUGCCCUUGUUGACAAUACUGGAAACACCGUGCGGAAGUUAUCUGUUGAAAUAGGGAGCAUGUGUGUAGCUCCCAAGACUGGUCAUAUCUGGUUUACAAGUUCGGAGAAGAAUACCAUCCACGAACUACCUCUUGCAUCAGCAGAGUCACCAAUCACAAGGUUCGAAACUGGGGACAAACCGCGUCGGCUGUGUGUUACUCCACAAAAUUGUGUUCUCGUUGGCACAAAAGACAGAAUAUUGCUUUACACGGCAGCGGGAGCCAUUUUGCUUAGUACGUCAAACACAACACAAGCAUCUAUUGUCAGACCCUGGAAAAUAGCGCAAUGUCCAGUUACUGGGAACAUCGCUGUUGGGAAUGAAGAAACUGAGCACGGGAAUUAUGAAAGCGAGUCCAAAAGUCACGUGAUAGUUUUUGACCAAGACUUAAAUAUCCGAUUUGUCUACAGAGGUGAGGAUAUUUCAGAUUCCAAAGAAAUUUCGUUCGCACCAGGAUCCCUUGCGUAUGACUACAAGGGUAACUUGGUCGUGGCAGACUACAAAAGGAACACAAUAGAGCUGAUGAGUGGGACUGGCGCAUACAUAAGAAGAAUUCACACAGCGAAGGGGUUAUGGCAAGGAAACAUAGGCAUGCAGCCUGACAACGUUUUGUGGUCGUUAUUGCUCUCGGAAACAGGCAAACGCGAGAUAUUGAGGAUCAAGUACUACACCAACUGA